GUUUACCAUGUGGAUUUGUUGAUAUUCGGUGACAGGCAAUAGUUUAUGUUCAAUCAAGGGCCCCCUGACAGGCAUGAAAGAUUGUUCCAGUAAAUUAAGUCAUCUCUGAUUUAUAGUGACAUGGCAUUAAGAAGUUGGUGUAUGAAGAAAGCCUUCUCCUAUUCUUGUCUAUUUACAAUUAGGAGACACCUGUUCUCAGUUCUACCAAUCCAGAAACCAUCAAAGACCCAAACCUGUUGUCAUGUAAAAACAGUGAGUGGAAAACUAAAUCUUCAGAUUACAGGCCACAAUGGAAUCUGCUCAGAUUCAGAUGUACAUCAUAUAUCUGACAAUAGUGAUGAGGAUUUAAGUUACAGUCCUAGGUCUGUUGAAGACUCAUCAGAGGAGAUUAAACAUGUACCAGUGAUGGUAAAGAAAGUCCUGGAAGUUCUUAAUCCUCAACAGGGACAGUUAUUUAUUGAUAUGACCUUUGGAGCUGGGGGACAUACAAAGGCUAUUUUGACCGAGAACCCUGAGGCCCGAGUGGUAUGUGUGGAUAGAGACCCUCUAGCCUUCAGCUAUGCUCAGGAACUGGCCAAAUCCUACAAGCCAGGUCAGGUGUUAACUUGUUUAGGCAAGUUUUCUGAGACACCACAGAUACUUUACCAGCUUGGGAUAACCCCUGGAUCAGUGGAUGGGAUUCUCUUUGAUGUGGGGGCUUCCUCCAUGCAGUACGACCAAAGUAAUCGAGGGUUUUCCCUCAGCAGAGACAGCCCACUGGAUAUGAGGAUGGAUCAAGGGAGAGAUCCAGAUAGUGUCACUGCCAUGGAUGUGGUCAAUCACCUCUCUGUCCAGGAACUGAGGGACAUAAUCAAGAAAUACGGAGAGGACCACAUUGCUAAUCAGAUCGCCCACGCCAUUGUAGAGGCCCGCUAUGUCAUGGGAAAAAUAACUACCACCAAACAGCUGGCAGAAGUCAUUGAAAAUGUUUUUGAAGAGAAAAUCUUGAGGGACAAAUUAAAUAGGAAAAGCCAUGUUGCCACUCGUACAUUUCAAGCCUUGAGAAUCUUUGUUAAUAACGAACUAAAUGAAAUCAACAAUGGAUUAGAGGUAGCAUAUCACUAUCUAAAACCAGGAGGUGUUUGUGUCGGAAUCUCAUUUCAUUCUCUAGAAGACCGCAUAUUCAAGAGACAUUUCCAUGGCAUUGAGAUGGACGAAGCCAAAAACUUGUCAGUGAAGCAGAAGUCACGGAUGAUGCGGGACCACCACCAGAAAUACGACAAAGAACUGAUCAAGAUUAUCCUAAAGAAGAGGUGGAUUCCCGUCAGUAAGAAGGUCACGACCCCUGAAGAGGAAGAGGUUCUGGAAAACCCCCGGAGUCGAUCAGCUAAGCUUAGGGCUGCCAUAAAAUCUGCAGAUGUAUAACUGAUACAAGAAUAUGCAUGAACCUUAGUGUACAUUUUAAUUUAUGAAUUCUAAGUAUCAAUUUCCAUAAGUUGGUUAUUUUUGGUUUUAAAUAUGUUGAUAGUAGCUGUAAAAUUCGGGAUUUUUGUAACUUGCAUUUUAGGAAUCGAUAGGCCAAAAUCUGAUUGAAAUGCAUGUAGUUGUUUUUGAAAGAAAUAUAUUGUAAAUUAUUGCAUUUUAUUAAAUUCUCAAUUUUAGUAAUUAUGAAAGUGAUUUUAAUGAUAAUAUAGAAAAAUCCCCAUUCUCAUUUAGUAAUUUUGAUUUUGUACUUAAAAUUCUAAAUUCCAAAUUCAUUUACAACUUGUUAAAAAAAAGUUAUGAUAUAGCCAUCCUACACAAAUUUUAUAUGACUGAAUAAUUCCUAUAUCUCUGCAACUGAUUAGUUAAGAUUGGUUUUGUUCACAUGCACAAUAUUUUAGGUUUAUAGUUUCAU